AUGGAGGCGGAGGUCGAUAAGCUGGAACUCAUGUUCCAGAAAGCUGAUUCUGACCUGGAUUACAUUCAGUACAGGCUGGAAUAUGAAAUCAAGGCUAAUCACCCUGAUUCAGCAGGCAAGAAAAAUCCAGUUACCCUUUUAAAGGAAUUGACAGCCUUAAAGUCUCGAUAUCAAACCUUGUAUGCACGUUUUAUGCCAGUCGUUGUUGAGCAGAAAGAGACAAAGAGCCGCAUUUGUACUACUUUGAAUAAGACCAUGACCAUGAUACAAGAACUACAAAAGCAUACAGAUCUGGAGUUGUCACCAUUGACUGAAGAAGAGAAAACUGUGACAGAGCAAUUAAAACCUCACUUGCCAGAUUUAUGAUGCAAUGAAAUUUUAAAAGAGAACUCUAAUGAAGAAGAUAAAAUUCCACAGCAAAAUGACAACUGGAGGUGGGGUAUUAGUAAAGGAGUGAAAGUUUGGCUUGAGUGACAGGAAGGUUUCAUAAUAAGAGGGGAGGAU